UCUUCCUCCCGCUCUCACCGCCCCCCGCUCACCGCCCCCCGUCCCGAGACCUGUGCGGCCGCCCAUGGCGAAACGCCUCCUCUCCCGCACCCGACUCAUUACGCUCCACCAUCCCGUCCUACCUCCCGCGCUCUCCCGCCUACUCUCCCACGGCCCGCCCGCCCCCACGACUAGCGAACCAGAGGACAAGGGCAAAAAGGCGGCGGCGGCGGCGGCUGUCGUGGUGGAGGCGGCUGCCACGAGCCGGAGGGAGGACCCCGAGGUCAGCGUGAGGGAUGGAUCGGAGGACGACGACGAGGACGCCGGUCUUCCCUGGAGGAGCUGGAGGCCCGACGUCGCGUGGCUCUCCAAGGCCCUCGAGCCCGCGCUGCACCUCUACAAGCAAUACAAUUGGAAGCCUUUCACCUCUACUGGUGGAGGGGAGAACAUCCCUGCGAGCACCCGGACAUUUAGUGAAAUUCUAAGUGAUCUCCAGCGAAGUAAGAUAAGCAUCAAGGACUGGAGCCUCAGUGAUCUUACUGUUGGCCUUUACCUCAUUUACCUCAGCCAAGCUUCAUCAAAGAAUGCUGAAGCCUUCAAGGGUGUUCAGAUAUCCUCCAAUAAGAUGGUUCAAGAACUAAUUUAUCACCUAGAACUUGCAAGAGGUUGCUAUAAAGGCAACGCAUCUGGACUUGCAAGGUAUAGCAUGCUUCGCAAGAGAAAUGUUGUAAAAUUUGUGAAAGACUCUAGUAUUUUGAGGCCUGGAUAUUACAUUGGCAUUGAUCCACGAGCUAAACUGGUGAUUCUUGGGAUUCGUGGGACUCAUACAGUGUAUGAUCUUGUUACUGAUUUGAUUGCUCUAAGCGAUAAGAAGGUAUCACCAAAAGGUUUCUCAACACACUUUGGAACAUAUGAGGCGGCCCGUUGGUACCUUCGCCAUGAGCUGGGAAUAAUCAGAAAAUGUUUGGAGAAGCACAAGGACUACAAGUUGCGGUUGGUAGGGCACUCCCUUGGAGGAGCUUCAGCAGCUUUACUGGCCAUAAUGUUACGGAAGAAGUCAAAGGAGGAGCUUGGUUUCAGUCCGGACAUUAUUUCAGCUGUUGGAUAUGGAACACCACCUUGCAUAUCGAAGGAAGCUGCUGAAAGUUGUGCUAGCUAUGUCUCUACUGUUGUGCUCCAGGAUGAUAUUAUACCUAGGCUCAGUGCAGCUUCACUGGCAAGACUGCGAAAUGAAAUACUCAAAACAGAUUGGGUAAGUGUUCUGGAAAAGGAAGACUUGAAGCAUAUAGUGGAUAUUGUGACUAAUGCCAAGCUUGUCGUUUCAUCAAUUCAAGAUGUGGCACGUAAACUCGGUGACUAUGCCAAAAUUGUAUCAGCAUCAACAAAUUCUGAUGUUGCCAAAGAUCCAGCUGACUCGACGAAGGUGCUGUCAUCGAAUAGUACAAAUGAUGUGUUUGUGCCUGAGGAUCUCUUCCUUCCUGGGACUCUGUAUUACCUGCAGAGGGAUAUUGAGAAUAUAAACGGCAUCGAAGACGAGUCAUACACGCUCUGGAAAGGUGAUCCAGGAGACAAUUUUCAGAGGAUACUGCUGUCUGGCAACUUGAUAUCUGAUCACAGAUGUGAAAGCAUAUAUUACGCUAUGAGGGAGGUGCUCAAGACACUGCCACCGCUGCCUCAGGAUGAAUGACAGGAGCUUUACUUUGUAGUGGCUGGACGCAUGGAUUCUAUUAGUUAUAGUUUUGUGAUGUGUAGGCAUAUACCGGCGGUUCCUUUGAUCUUUUAGUAUCACUCAGAGGACUAACCUGCCAGCCUUGGCCUGUGUAUGUUGUACAGUACUAUUAGAGCAUCUUCAAGAGAUGUCUAAAAUCAAUCCCAAAACUAAAUUUUAGGAAUAAA